UCAAAGACCCUAAUUCUCUCUCCUCUACUCUCUCUCUCUUCUAGAAAAAAACACAGAAGUGCAGAACUCAAAAUCCAACCAAAGGAGUUUCCUUUCUAUCUACUGACCAUCAAUUCAUCUCCCCCGCUACUUCCUUAUACUGAUUUCUCACAACCCCUUUUCUAGGGUUUCUCAAAAACAUCCAAUUUAGGUUCUUCCAAUUUCCUCAAAUUUGGGCCUUUUUUUUUGAAAUUAGGGGUUUUUGAGAUGGGAAUGAGAUGAAAUCAAGGCAUGGGUUUUUCUAUUCAUACAACAAAAAAUGAACUUUGACAAAGAAGACGGGAGUGGUAGUAGUUCGAGAUUUCAUAUUGUACAUCCGCUUCGUGACCCACAGUCAAAUUGGUCAGUUGAUCUUGCUAAAAAUCUCGAAGAUUAUCUCUUGAAGAUAUGUUCUGGUGAACCUAUUAACCACGAAGAAGAUGCCCACUUAUCUGUUAAUUUCGCUGAAGCUGCUUUGUUACUUCAAGGUUCAAUUCAAGUGUAUAGUCGAAAAGUUGAGUAUCUUUAUACAUUAGUUUUACAUGCUUUGGACUUCAUUUCUCAAAAAAGUCAAGAGGAACAACCAGCGGAAGCGUCGGUACAGCGUACUGAAGGAAGACGUGAUAACCAAGCAGAUGUUGAUGAAAGCAAUGAACUAUUUUUGGGAUUAGAUGAUGUUCCGGUGGAAGCUAACAAUUCUUUGGAUGGUGCGCCGGGGAAAGAUGAUAACUUAAAUCAGUUUGUGAAGCCACCGUCGAAUUUGGUUGUACUAGAAGGGGAUUGUUUUGAUCCUACUGGCGAAACUGGGGAACUGGAAACAUAUCUGUUAUCCACAUGUGAUCUCUAUGAGGAUUUUAUUCUGUUAGAUCCUUGUGAUGCGGUAGAAAUUCAGAAAUUCAUAAAGCGUAGCAGAGCUGCUGUAAAUCAUAGAGCUAGCUCAAUUAGGUCCAAGGGUCGCAAAACUUUUGGUCAAACUCCGUCUAGAACUGGGGGAACUGGCUGCCGUAAAUCAACUCAAAAACAAAAUGUCAAUCCUGAAAAGUCUCCUAUGAUCGGUUGCAACCAUGAGAAUAGUUUUUCUCAGGAUCCUCCUGACUGUAGUUUUCCUAAAAAUGACUCACAUGGAGAUGAUAACAAUGACUACCAUGGAGAUGAUAACAAUAAUGGUGGUUAUUCAUUACAUGGGAGUAUGUCAGAAGAUGAUACCGAUGAGGAUGAUCCGUGGAAACCUUUGAAUCCUCAUGAACCAGGGACUUUGAAAGUAAAACCGUUUAAAAAAGGAAAUAUUCCUAAAAGGAGGAAGCCGAAUCCCAGUAAACGCAUUUCUAUUACUAUGCAAUUUCCUAUUGCAAAAUUGACUGGUAUUGUAAGCCCAGAAUUUGCAGAAAUGUGGGAGGCACAGAACCGUGCCUGUGAAAUUAUCCGGGAAUCCACAACGCUUCCACUUUUUGAACAGCUUCGACAGUCACUUACUAUCGGAGGAAGUGAACCGUCCAAUCCUUUUGGGAGUGCUGAAGCUGACAAAGGUAAUGAAUCCGAGCAUGACAUCCCAGAUUUUGACCAAGAUGACUUUGACAUGCCUGAAAAUACUUUCAUGGAUGUGGAAGAACUCUUAAACGCAAAUAAGAUUCAUUUACAGGAUGACGAGCAGAUCGUUCACUUUGAAAGUACUGAUUUUGGACGUGUAGAACCAGAACUGGAAGAUUUUGAAGAUCUUUGCCGUUCGCAUCUGGAUGACCUCCUUGCGAGCAUAGCUGAAACUGAGAAGCAAACGGAGUUGGCAACCCGGGUUUCAACAUGGAAACAAAGAAUCGAGCAAACCUUGGAAGAUCAGGAUUUACGCCCACCUUUUGAUAUUCAUGAAUAUGGUGAAAGGGUUUUGAACAAAUUGUCGCUCGAGGCAGAUAGUGCAAGUGGUAGUGGAAUACCCUUUACGGAUGUUGUUAAGGGAAACGAAAAGCAUGAUGUUGCGAGGACUUUCUCUGCGCUACUGCAGCUGGUGAAUAAUGGAAACGUUGACCUGAUUAAAUCUGAAUCUAGUGGUGGUCAAUCAUUUUGUUACACUGCUACAAAUCCUUUUUCUGUCCGACUCCUUACUGAUGCCAGGAGAAAGGAAGUGCAACUUCGGUCCUCGAAAAAGAGACCAAAUUCUCCUAUCAAGAAACCAGGCAAUCAAGCUGAUAAGGAGAAGGGUGGUGGCGGUGGAGAAAAAAUUCAGAAAGUAGGUUCUUCCUCUAUGGGAAUCGCCUCAUCGUCAAAGUCAUCACAAUCGAAUGGAAAGUUCUCUGUUAAGGUUGGAAAGAUAAGUGCAGUGAGGUGUACCCCGGAGGGGAAGAAAAGACGAAAGUCUCGACUGAUUGAGCCUGUAGAUUUGCAAUCUGCAUGAUGAGAUACUGGUUAUUUUUUGAUAACCAGUUAGGCAUUGUAUGGUAUUAGAGAUUGUAGUGAUUUGCCCUAGCUAACCUACUGAAACCCGAGGUUUUCUAACACCAGUGGAUUGGGCGCAUGUAUCUGUAGGUAUCUGAUUGUGAGUGUGACUUAGGAUUAGUUGGAUAUACAAAUUGUACUGUAUGCUUGUAAUGUCAUGUUCUAAUUUAGUUCUCAAUUGUCCUUGUUUCUGUGUCUCUGUUCCUGAUUUUUUUUUUAGAUGUGUUGGUUGGCUUGCUUGUAUCGAGCACAUUAAUCAUUGAAAAGAAGAAGAAAAGAAACAAUGACUGCA